AUGGCUCAGUUGAUUAAAUGUUUAGAUUUGGUAGACUUUACAGAAAGACCCUACAAACCGAGACGGGUACCAAAGAAAGUUGGUCGUAUACCGGUGAAGUAUGAAGAAUACAAACCAGUGCAAGUAUCAGUGAAGCCAAUACGAAGGUAUUGGUUACUGAGCGACAGCAACCAGUUUACGAAAGGUGUACCGGUACAGCAACGCGUGUACGAAGACGAAAAAGACUCGAACAUCAAACAGAAGAUAGCGAUGCUUGUGGAGCAAACGAUGCAAGACGCUCACAGGAAAAUGAAACUAGUUGACGAAUUAAAAGAAGAACAUAGAGAUGAAGCUCCUUACAAAGCUGGAUUUAUUCUCAGUAUGGUCAAAAAGUCUAAAGACGUUUUGGAUGAGUUGUUUAAUGUAGCUGUUAAGCACAAAGAUGAAUGGAUGGCUCUAGAACAGUUGAAGAUCUUUGAACUGAUCGUGCAUACUAAUGUUGACACUACAAACUUGCUUAGGCAGCUGGUGGACGUACAUGUUAAGCACAUAAACGCUACGAGGGAUUCUAAAAGAGUGAUACUCAUUUAA